AUGGAAGAGACAGAUGGAGAUGCAAAUAGACAUGAGGCAGCGACAACAAUUUACGAGGGUGCUGGGGAGCGUCUCUACCGCUCGGAGGACUACGAUGAAUGCUCACAAAACCUUCUCCGAUACCCGUGGCACCCAUUCAACUCAGCAUACGAGUUUAGAAUGGCACGUUAUUUCAUACUGUCGAAGGCCUCACAAGGAAAUAUCGACAGUUUCUUUCUACACGCUCCGUCAAGCAGUGGCGAAUGCUCCUACAGGACUGGGCAAGGUUUUAUAAAGAGGUUGGACGAAAUGAAUGACAUAUUGGGAAAGGCGAGCUGGCAUCAUUCGGAGGUGGAUAUUGGGGGAGAGAAAAUCCCUUACUAUUACCGGGAUCCAAUGGUAAUCGUGCGAUAUCUUCUACGCCAACGGGCCUUUCGGGAGUCAUUGGUGUACGCGCCAGUGGUAGAGCAUAAUGAAUCUGGCGAGAGAAUGUACGGGGAAAUGCAUACGGGAGAUUGGUGGUGGGAGACGCAGGUCUGUGGAGACAAGAAAGCCUGGCCAAUCUAUCUUACUAUCGGGAACAUCAAGUCAUCGGUCCGGAGCAAGCCCACCGGGCAUUCGUUAAUUCUCCUAGGGCUACUGCCAGUCCCACCUAAGCUCGGGAAGAACUCACUCGCUAAUUCCGCUUUACGACGUCAGAGUCAAAUGGCGCUGCAUCGCGCCCUUGGGGAGAUCUUUCAGAGCAUUCGGGAGUGCUCUCAGGAAGGCGAGCUAAUCGCAUGCGCCGACGGGUACGAACGUCUAUGCUUUCCGGUGUUGUCGGGUUGGAUCGCUGAUCAACCUGAGCAUUCAAACUUACAAAAUAUUAGUACUAGCUCUUGUCCAAGAUGCGAGGUGGAAUUCCACAGUCUUGGGAGCACUCGCCGGAGCCCUACGCGCGAUCACGAGGAUUACCGGGAGAGGGUAAAGCUAUUCAGGGAGAACCCGGGAAACCUGGGACCGGUGGAAUACCUUGUCGCGAGAUCAGUAAAGACACUCUUCAAUGCUUUCUGGGGUAUGCUGAGGGUUAAUCCAUACGAUCUCAACAAACCGGACAUUCUGCACAAUAUCUACCUAGGGAUGUUGAAGCACAUGAUGGAGUGGGUUCAGGCUUUCUUGAAGAAGCACAAUCGAUUGGAGGAAUUUGACAAGGCUUGGGCCUCGAUUGCGCCUUACCCUGGACUGGCAGUACCGAACAAGGCAUAUCGUGCCACAACCCAAUGGCAAGGGAAGGAGAUGAGAAAUCUGGGGCGGGUCGUUCUUGGAGCACUCGCGGCUGCUUUGAGAAACCCGGGGGUGGCUGUCAGGGGCGACUUCGCAAAGGCAUUGAAAUGUGAUGCGAGAGAUCAGACAAAAGCUGUGAAGACCUCAGGCUCCCAGAGCGCUCAGCAAGGUUUGGAGGAGAUUCGCGAGAUACGGGAAAGGUCUCACUUCAACUUCAUCAAAUUGCACGUGUUAACGUACUAUCGGGAACAUGUCGAGCGCUUUCGGAGCAUUCCCCAGUACUCCACCGACAUCAGUGAACUCGCCCAUGUACGUCAGAUAAAAGAGGCAUACGGAGCAUCCAACAAGGUCGAUGCUGCAACGCAGAUACUGGACUAUGGGGGGCGGCGGUUGGCGUUAGAGAUUCGAAUGCUGAAUCUGAAAGACAUUGUUGGAGGUCCUGAGAGCACUGACGACAUCCUUUGGAGCCAUCGAAAUAACCUGAAGGAGUUACUUGAGAUUUUUAAAAUCGAAGACCGGAAAAAAACACCAAAUGAACGAUCCAUAGUAGAAGGCCAACUGCCUCUAAGGCGUCUUUGCAACCCCUGCACGAAAUCGGAAAGACUUUUCAAUAUUGCGGAUGGACUGCAAAUAAGCCAUACCACGUUAUAUCGCCUGAUAAAGGAGUAUGCAGAGGAUGCGGGAUGCUCUCAAAGCUUUGCCGGAAGCUCUGAGAGCAUUUUAGAGUGCCGGGUGGAGAUGUUCACAUGUUUGCAGGUUCCGAUACCAAUCUUUCAAAGACCUGAGGUGUACGAGGUUCACAAUAUCAGGUGUACGGGAAACGCGGCUUUUAGGAAAGGGAAAAUAAGAAAGGAUUGGGUAUGGGUGUCGGUAGCGUCCUCAGAGGAGUGGGGAGUGUUUCGGGGACGCUUACCAGGACGUGUCGAGGCUUUGUUCAAGCUGCGGGACAGUGGGGGGCGAGCACAUAGACUAUGUAUAGUGGAGCUACUCGAGGCAAAGGAUCGUGGUAUCGCUGAUAGCUCACAUGGGCUCCUGAAGGUUUGUAGGAGGAGGAGGAAGAGGAUGUGGGUCGUUAAUAUUCGGAGUAUAUUGGGAAUGGCCCAUUUGUUUGAGGUGGAGACUGGUAAUUGCAAGCUCGCUCCAGGAGGUCAAUGCCAGUCCAUGUUUGCUGCUUAUGCAUGGACAUUGAGCUUUUCAGACGAGCCGUACCAUGGCCUCAACCUCAAGGCUAAUUAUGCCUUUCACGAAUCUACAGAAACAUACACGUCCGUCAAAGGUUGGGUAGUCAUCACCAGUAUACAGGACAGUGCUCGUAUCAGUAUCCCGCGACUGACCGUACAGCGGCGUUGA